CUAAAAACCUAAGUGUCCGGGUAGUUAAAUACUCAUUCAAGCAAGACGACGCAUACUUGUUUGAAAUAAUGAAAAGGACGGAUCAUUGAGAGCGAACCUAGGGGAAAGUAUCCUGUGUGGAAGAGGGGGAAAGAGGACAAUUGAUCAACCACGUGAAGUAUAUAUAUAUCUUUAAAUCAAUAACAUCAUGGCGCCCUCCCCCUCCGUGGCCUUCCAGAGACGGCUGUGGAUGGCGGGGACAGCCGUGGUGGAGAAUCUGCUCUUCUCCGCCGUGCUGCUGGGCUGGGGCUCCCUGCUGAUUAUGCUGAAGAACGAGGGCUUGUAUUCGCACUUGUGUUCAGUGAACGAGACGACGGCUGCAAACGCCACCGAUGAGGAUGUGCUGUGGCUCAGCUGUGUGGAGCAGGAGGAGAUGCUCAACCUGGGCUUCACCAUCGGCUCUUUCCUGCUCAGCGCAGCCACCCUUCCCCUAGGGGUCCUGAUGGAUAAGUUCGGGCCCCGUCCGCUGCGUCUACUAGGAAGUGCGUGCUUUGCUGUCUCCUGUGCCCUGAUCGCCAUCACGGCCUACAACCCCAUGGACCUCUCUGCUCUCAUCUUUCUCGCUGUGUCCUUCAAUGGCUUUGGAGGGAUCUGCCUGACCUUCACAUCCCUCACGUUGCCAGUAAUGUUUGGUAGCUUGAGCUCCACCAUCAUGUCCCUCAUGAUUGGCUCCUACGCCUCCUCAGCAGUCACCUUCCCAGGAGUCAAGCUGAUUUACAAUGCCGGCGUGUCUUUCCGGGUGAUCAUGUGGGUGUGGUCAGCCCUGGCCUGCCUGGUUUUCCUGAACUGCUUCCUGAACUGGCCGGCGGAGGCCUUCUACACCCCCGAGGAGUUCAGGAGGAAGACUGAGACUGAGAGCACCAGUGUUUCUCAGGAAGAGAAGGAGAGCUGGGAUCAUCUCCACAAAGAUGUUCCCCCAGGGGACCUGGCCCUAAGUGAGGGCAACCAGGAAGUUGAUCAGCUCUCCAAGAAGCUUCCAGAGGACAACCCCAACCUACAAAGUACGGUGCCCUUUCGCAGGUCAGUGUGCUCGCCCAUCUUCUUAUGGAGCCUCCUUACCAUGGGCAUGACCCAGCUGAGGAUCAUCUUCUACAUGGGCGCCAUGAACAACAUGCUGCAGUUCCUGGUCACCCACGGCAAUCCGCACCCCUCUGAGGAACUGGCAAUAGAAGCUAAUGAAAAAGUGGACAGCUACGCCUCCAUCUUCGGCGCCUUGCAACUGCUGUGCCUGCUGACAUGCCCUCUCAUUGGCUACAUCAUGGACUGGAAGAUGAAGGAGUGCGUGCAAGGCGACAAAUUCCUGGACAACGGGCGGAAAAGGAGAGACCCGAAGCUGCAGAAGCUCACCAAUGCCAUCAGAGCCUUUACCCUUACUAACCUGCUGCUGUUCAUCUUUGGUAUCACCUGCCUGAUAGACAACAUGGCUGUACAGGUCAUCACGUUCAUAUUGCACACUAUGGUCCGAGGGUUCAUCCAUUCUUGCUGCGGGGGCAUGUACGCUGCAGUGUAUCCCUCCAAUCACUUCGGCACCCUGACGGGGCUGCAGUCAAUGAUCAGUGCAGUCUUCGCCCUACUGCAGCAGCCGCUCUUCAUCGCAAUGGUGGGACCACUCAAGGGAGACCCCUACUGGAUCAACAUGGGACUCCUCCUUUUUUCAUUGGCCGGGUUCUUGUUGCCCGGAUACCUGCUCUAUCACCAUAGACACCUCCAACAGAAGGCAAAGCUAGAGGUGGAGGUGGCCAAAGAAACCAUGACCCACGAAGAGAGCAACAGCACCAAAAACCAUAGUAACGGGCAUCUCCCUUAGGAGGCUUAGCAUUUAGACUCCGUCCAUCCAUCCAUCCAUCCAUCCAUCCAUCCAUCCAUUUUCCAUUCCCACUUAUCCUGUCCAGGGUCUCAGGGGUCCAGAGUUUAUCCUGGAGGCUACAGGCACAAGGCAGGGAACAACCCAGGAUGGGGCACCAACCCAUCACAGAGCACACUCACACCUACAGGCACAAGGCAGGGAAUAACCCAGGAUGGGGCACCAGGUGACUGAAGAUUUCAACAUUAAAUCCGUUCAUUUUAAAAUAGUAUUUCCAAUGUAAUUUUUGAUGAGAUAUACCAUAGUUUUUAAAAAUAAUUUUAUGGCUAUUACCUGUACGUUGUUGUUGUUGUUGUUGAUGUGUAUAGUAGCAUUUUUAGUGUUAAUUACUAGUCUGACUGAAACUGAUUUCAGAAAAAUGGACUUGAAGUUAGUUUUAGUGUUUGGAUGUUUUAUGAGUGUGCCAUGUGACAAUGGUUUUAAUUCACUUUGCAUUACAACAGAAAUUCUAUGUUGUAAAAACCAUAUGCUUGUUUUGUUAUAGGUAUAUCGGUAUAUAUAAUAUAAAAAUAUUAUCAUUAUUAUGUAUAAUCAUCUCACCAGCUUAGUAGAUUGUACGUCAUAGUCCGUUUUAAGAUUGAGGAGAACUUGGUAACAUAAUCAGUUCGUCAUUUAGUACUUUUCAUGGUCUGUAGGGUGAAUCACACAAUUGAGUGACACUCAAGCUGUCUAAGAAUCACGUUCUUUCUCUGAUCAGUAUAUAUUCACAACACUGAGAACAUGCGCCGUUACGAUGGAAUGGGCUACUGAAGGCGAUGUACUAAAAAAGCCGAUUGGAAGAUUGGUACAUCGGUACUUAUUUCAUUAAGCACCAUUUCAGUCAGUGUCAUAAAUGUGUAAGUGAGGCUGUUCGGUAAACACUAUUUCAAUAUGAAUUGUCUCAUAACACUGGUGCAAAUUCUUUUGUUUUAAUUUGCUGUUUUUAAGUUUUAAGCAUGUUGAUUCGUUUUUGCAUAGGUAUGUUUUGUGGCUGCACAUCUUGACUUCGAAAGGAAACUUCUCUUUAUGUAUUUGGAGGUCAUAUUGUCUGAUAUUCGCAAAGUUUUUUUUUUUUGAUGAUGGUCGAUAUAUUCUGUGACAAGCUGCACAAAAAAAUCACCUAGACGGUACCUUAUUGUGUUGUGGUUCUUGUGGCCAUUCCAGACAUGUAUUUGCCAAAGUUUAUUUAUGAUUGGUAGUAUAAUGACGUUCGCUGUCAUCCAAUAGCGUUUUUUAGUUGUACACUAUUGCAGCAUAAUAUACGUGUAUUGAAAUGUGCGCCAGUAGAAGUUAAUACCUCACUGUCAACAUUUUGCAAAAAAAAAAUGCAAAUACAGGAAUGUUCUUAUCUCACACAAAGUGCCUCAAAAUGUAAAAAAAAAUGCAAUCCCUCACUCGUUGGAGGGUGGGACCCCAGUUAACCAAAGCAUUAUUUUCCAAAUGGCAGUGUCCACUCCAUGUACUUCCUGCAAAGCUUGAAUUUUGUGGCCUAUUAUCUGGUAAUAAGGUCAUUCUGCCUUUCACAGGUACAGAGAUAUUUGAUAUUAAAAAUAUUGGGGUGGGGGGUGGGGGGGGGCUUCCUCUUCAUCUCACACACUGAAUGGAUGGGAGCUGUAUUUUAGCUGGUGCUUUUGUCUGAAGAAAUCUGCAGUCCAUAUAUGAGUCUAAGUGCCUUCAAGGAAAUCAGAACGCAGUGGUUAGAGCGGCUGCCGUUAGCUAGCGAGUCCCUACCUUUGUCCACUGCGCCAUUCACUGCUGGAUUCUUCUGACUUGGCCCAUUAACUGUGACUGGUCACUUGUAUCUAUUCCUGUAUUCUUUAUUUUUUUUUUACUGCUUUUUCUGAGGAUCCAUCAGAUGUCAACUUGAGACAAUAAAUACGUAUUUUUGGAAACGAA